UAGAGUGAAACGGAAGCAAUAUGGUGGACAGCAACAACGUGGAAUUGGGUUUUGUAGAAAGAACAGACUCUCAUUUGCUAUGUAGCUUUCAUUUCCCAAGUAAAGUUGGAGGAAAACCAGCUUGGCUAUCUCUUUCACCGAUACCUUCAAACAAAGAUCUUGAAUGUUCAAAAUGUGGAAAGAUACUAUCAUUUUUGAUGCAAGUGUACUGUCCGUUUGAAGAGAGUCCGAAAGCUUUUCACAGAGCGUUGUUUGUUUUUGUUUGUAGAAAUGUCGUAUGCUGUAGUAAGAAUAACAAUGAAAACUUUUGUGCAUUAAGAUCCCAAUUGCCUCGCAACAAUGACUUUUACAGUCCAGAGCCACCAAAGAAAGAGACCGAUGGACCCUCUGCAAAAUUUUAUCAGGAUUUGUGUGUAGUGUGCGGACUUAGAGGGUCGAAAAGAUGUGCAAGAUGCCAGAGUGCAACAUACUGUAGUAAAGAACAUCAAGAAGCAGACUGGAAAACAGGACAUAAGGCAGUGUGCAAAAGUAAUGUACCAACACCUGCCUCAGCCUCAGCAAAAACAGUGAGUAGAAUUAAAGUUUAUCCUGACUGCAAUUUUCCUGAAUAUGAACUUAUAACUGAACCUGAGAUAUUACCUAAUGAAACUGAAAAGGAGAAAAGUGAAGAAGAAAAGCUAAAGGAAUAUGAAGAAUUUAUGAAGUCAAAGGCAGCUGAAUCAGUUUUACCUGAUAGUGCAGCAAAAGAUUUAGAAAAGAUGGCAGUAUCUGACAACAGUCAAGAUCAAGUUUUCAUGAAAUUUAAAGAAAGGAUACAAGAUGAACAAGAGCAAGUCUUGAGAUACCAGAGAAAUGGAAAGCCCUUGUGGGUUUCUGAAUGCCAUAUGCCAAAAGAUGGUGAUAUCCCUAAUUGCUCAUGUGGUUUACCAAGAACAUUUGAGUUUCAGAUUAUGCCACAGUUGCUGACCUAUUUAGAAGUAGACAGUUUAGGAGAUAGUAUAGACUGGGGAACUCUAUGUGUUUAUACCUGUUCUGGAUCUUGUGAGAUUGGAAAUAAUUAUCAUAAGGAGUUUUUAUGGAAGCAAGAUUUUUCAGAUUCUAAUAUUUGAUUAAAAAUAUCUGAGUA